UAUUGUUGUCUGCUUUUUGUAUCAGGUAUGGAUGGAGCAUUGCCUAAUACAAAGAAGUGGAUUGUGCUUUAUCCCAUCUAUAUAAAUUCAAAGAAAACUAUAGCCGAAGGACGGAGAAUUAGCACUACUAAAGCAUGUGAAAAUCCCACUUGUGUUGAGAUCGGUGAUUGCUGCAACUAUCUUAAGCUACCGUCUGUAAUCGAGAUUGAUAAGGCAUAUCCACGUGAUUUCAUGCAAAGAGGGAGAGUGAGGGUAUUGCUGAAAAAAGAAGAUGGAACUUUGUAUAAUCCGGCUAUAGCUUCACGAAAACAAUUGAUGCUCCAGAUUGCAGAGAUGGUCCCCAGACACCAUGGGAGGACCAAGAAACAGGAACCUGCAUCAACAUCAACAACCGGACACUCCAAAUCUGGAAAAGGUGGAAAGAAAAAGAAAUAAAUUGGGUUUUGCAAGAGCAGAAAGUUCUCCAUACCCGCAAUUUUUCUUCUUUUUGCUGGCCCUGGUCAACAAUGUGGCUCACUUAUAUCAGGCUUUGAAUUUCUCAAUUUAAUUGAUGUUUGUACUCUUUCAAAGGAGCACUUGCUCUUGUUAUGCUUUUCAUACUAGCUCCUAGGAGAGUUAAAUUACAGUUUGGGAAUGUUUUUCUGGAAGCCUUCCACAGAAUUUAGGUAGGACUUCCCUAAAAUGUCACUCAAA